GCAUCCACAGUGGUGAUGUUAGUGUGAUGUGGUUCAUCAGACAACAUGAAACAUUCAUCCUCGAGCCAACCUCCGUUCGCGACAAAGAGAGAGAGAGAUAAUAACGCUCCACUUCUUGUUGUGGAUAUAUGAUUCGUUCACCACAUCACCUGUUACAACUCACGCAGUCACUGAGUGUGUCUGGUCUCUCCCAGCAAGCAUCUCCAGCAUGUGUGACGUGGAUGUAUCAGAGCCCACCAGUCCCACGCUCCUGGAUGGCGAGUCUUCAGACCAGUACUAUCAUGUGGACCGUUGGCAGAAACUCCGAACAGCCGUGCGCAAACUGGAUUUCUGGGAAAACUUCAGCGCUGAGCUCAUCGGGAGUGGUUUCUUCUCCAAGGUCUACAAAGUCGUUCACAGUACAAGCCACAAGGUGAUGGUGGUGAAGAUAUACAAAAACGACGUGGACCAAGACAGUAUUGUGCGUGAAAUCACCCUGCUGCAGAAGCUCUCCCAUCCCAAUAUCGUCAGAUAUGUGGGAAUAUGUGUUAAAGAAGAGAAGCUCUAUCCCAUUUUAGAGUAUGUGAAUGGUGGCUGUCUGGAGGAGCUCCUCGCCAGGAAAGAUGUUCCCCUGGCAUGGAAAGAGAAGGUGGACCUGGCCUGUGAUAUCAGCAGAGGAAUGAUCUACCUGCACUACAAGAAUAUUUACCACCGAGAUCUCAACUCAAAAAACUGUCUGAUCCGAGUGACGUGUCGAGGCCGGGAAGCCCUGGUGACAGACUUUGGCCUGGCCAGAGAGGUGGUGGAGUUGCCAGUCAAAGACCCAGGCAGGAAGCUCUCAUUGGUGGGCUCCGCAUUUUGGAUGGCUCCUGAGAUGCUUCGAGGGGAGCUGUACGACCGAAAGGUGGAUGUUUUCUCUUUUGGAAUUGUGCUGUGUGAAAUCCUGGCCAGGAUUCCUGCUGACCCAGAGAUACUGCCCAGAACCAAGGACUAUGGGCUGGAUGAGAAUGCAUUCAACGAGAUGCUGACCGACUGUCCUCAGCGUCUUUUACAACUGGCAGCCAGCUGUUGUAUGGUGGAGUCCUUCAGACGUCCAGCGUUCACAGAGUUGUUGGACCACUUAGAAGAAGUUGCAGAGAGUCUGGAACCUCCGCCAACAUUUCAUCUGACCACCACCUGACUUGCCUUGACCCUCAAUCGCAGGAGGGACCAACCUGACGACAAACAAUCACAAAUAUUUCAAAUCAAAGUAUAUUAGGAGCGAUGCAAAUGUACUGUGGGGAAAAAGUAAGUGUUUGAUGCCCCACUGAUUUAGGAUGAGCAGGCCAUCAUUUGUAUGCUAACUUUAUUUUAACAGAUUGUAAAAAAUAACAUGAAAUAAAGGUCAUUUUUUUGAUUGAA